UCUCGAGAUUCGAUUCGAUUCGUUCACCUUUGACACCGUUAAUUUUUGAGUCGCUUCCUCAGUGUUGUCUCUGCUUCUUGGGCCGUUAAUUAAGCUGCGUCUUGAUCCGAUAGAUGCAUGUACCCACAUACCUGUGAGGUAUACACGCAAAGUGUAUAUAGUAGCAUAUUAGUUCUUUUAUACAUAUAGAUAAUAAAACAAUAUAAUAAUAGUAAAUGUCUGAAACAGCAGCUGUGUCUGUAAAAACGUAGUGUUAAAAUAACUCCCAAAUCUCUACGCAUUUAUCGUUAGAUCCCCGUUGAGCUCGGUGAUCGUCCAAGGAAUCCGUAUCCGUUUCAAUCUCUCCUGCUUUUUUUUGUACCGUCUCUCUCCUCCUCCUCCUCCUCCUCCUCCUUUCGGCCCCCUUCUCUCCUUUCCGUUCUCUGUCCUGGCUGUAGUGGUUAAGAAACUCGCCUCUUCAGGCUGAGGGCGUACACACGAGCUCAGUAGGUAUGCGUGCGUGCACGGAGGUGGUCAGAGACUGAUAAAUUACAGACAGACUUCAGAGACUAGACAGUGUCACAGUCUAAUUCUACUCCUUUUGUCUCCCCCGUCUAUUCCACUCGCGUACGUACGUAGUCGCGUAUAUAUCAUAUGUGACUAUAUAUAUAUAUAUACAUAAGAUGUGUAUUGCAUCCAGGUAUAAGCCGACCUAGUGUGCACGAUUCGGGUGAUUGAUCUUUAUUGCCAUCUGAUGACCUCUCGUCAUUCGUUUUUCCGGCGCCGAUGCGAUCGGCCGCGCGCAGCGACUGACGCGCAGCGGACGCGCAGCGGCGGGCUCUGACCUUCUCUUAUACCGAACUGACGGGCGGCGCGCAGCGACUGGCGCGGGCGGAAAAAGCCCUCUCUUGUGUACCCACAGAAGCCGAUUACCUUCAACAGUUCGGCACGGUCUCAGCUUCUCGCCUUCUCCCCCUCCUCUCUUUCUCUCUUGCUCCUGCGUGGGCGAUAUUCCUCUCCAUCCUCUCUUCUCUCUCUUCUCUCUCUUUCUCCCUGGACGGCGCACCCUAAUUUCUGAUCGCAAGUGUCUCGAGGGGUUUUGCUCGAUCGAUGCCUGUCGUACUGGCCGCUAUGGUAGUCGUUUUUCUUCUUUUUGCCGCUAGUGCGGUUGUCACCAGUCGAUAGGCGCUAAAUCUUUGCCACGGAGAGCGAGCGAGCGAGAGAGAGAGAGAGAGAGGUGAAAUUCCUGGUGCGCUCUCUGCGAGAAUGGUAUACGGUCCGUACUCGCGUCCUGUCCACCGUUGAUCGUCACGUGGCCUGAUGAUUGAUUGGAGGAUCGGGUAGAUCAUAGCCAUCGAGUAAGGUUAAUAGACAGACCAAACGAACAAAUAGAAGAUCUGCUAGUUCAGAGAGAGAGAGAGAGAGAGAGAGAGGGUGGGGGCGAGGGGUUAGUUGAGGUUGUCGUCGGGAAAGAGCUGUACGUUGCGACGCAUUGCUGCUUCUUCCGUGUUGUAGGAGACAGAUUACGAGGAGAAGGUUAGUCCGCCGUGCGCGAUCGGGCAGAAGAGAGCGCAGUGUUGGGUAGGUGGUUGGUGGUUUGGAAGUGUUGUGUUGUUGUUCUGUGUGUCUUUUGGCGGGGCGAGGAGGAGAGGGAGGUGGAGGGUAGGGUAAAUCAGGAGAACGCUUAGAGAGGACACAGUAGGAGGGAGGGAGGGAGGGAGCGAGAGAGAGGACCCAAGCAAUGUCGACAAGCGAGCCACCCGUUGGCGGUGUCGUAAUGAUGAACAAUUUGGCGCCAAACUUCCCUCCUCCGGUUGCUUCUUCUUCUUCUUGCCAUUCCCUUGAAGAUAUGGAUGAUGACAGAGACGAGUUCCAAGAUGCUAUGGACGAAGAUCCAGGCGGAUCGAGUGACGACGAUGGGCUCCGCGACGACGACGAACGUGACCACCACCAUCGCCAGCAGCAAAGGAAUGGCAAUGUCGGUGGCUAUGGCAUAUCCGCUCCUCCUUGUCGUGCUACCUCUCAUCAUGCUACCUCUCAUCAUCCUUCUUCCUCCUUUCCUCCUCCUCCUCCUCCUCCUCGUGCCACCUCAUCUAAUCCUUCUGCUUCUUCCUAUGGCGGCGGCGGCGGCGGCGGCUCCUCCUCCAUCCCCCCCGCCCCCUCCGCUUCCCCUUCUUCUCUCUCAUUGCCUGAUGGUCACGAUCCUAAUCGACCUGUUAGAGUCUAUGCUGACGGUAUUUAUGAUCUUUUCCACAUCGGCCAUGCCCGUUCUUUGGAGCAGGCCAAGAAACUCUUUCCCCACUGCCAUCUCCUUGUCGGUUGCUGCAGCGAUGCGCUCACUAACAGGUACAAGGGCAAGACGGUCAUGAGCGAGGAGGAGAGGUAUGAGGCCCUUCGCCACUGCAAGUGGGUUGAUGAGGUCGUCCCCGACGCUCCGUGGGUGCUCAGCCCUGAGUUCCUUGAGAAGCACCGCAUCGAUUACGUGGCGCACGACGCCGCUCCGUAUCAUGAUGCGUCGGGACAGGGAAAAGAUGUAUACGAGUGGGUGAAGUCCGUGGGAAAGUUCAAGGAGACUCGGAGAACAGACGGGAUCUCGACUUCGGACAUCAUCAUGCGUAUCUUGAAGGAUUAUAACGAUUACGUGCUGCGCAAUUUGGCGCGAGGGUACACAAGGAAGGAGUUGGGGGUCAGUUUCAUCAAGGAGAAACAGCUGCGUGUGAACAUCGGCAUGACAAAGCUGAGGCAGAAGGUUAGGGAGCAACAGGAGAGGAUGGAGAAGAAGGUGAGAGAGAGGGUGGAGAAGAACCGCGAGUACGUGGGACGGAACGUGAGACUUAUGACGGACAACGUUGGAACCGUGGUUCGGACUGUCAAGCACAUGGGGACCAUCGGAUUGGACCAGAGGAUCGAUUGGGUAGGGAAUGCGGACAGGUGGGUGUCGGGAUUUCUAGAGAAGUUUGAGCAGAGUUGUCAUGAUGUGGGGUCGUUUCUCCAUGAGAGAGCGAUGAAGGCGCAGCUGCAGCACCGGCUGAUGAGGCCUCGCUUGCGCAAACCACCUUCAAGAGGGAAGGAGAAGGAGGAGGAAAGGGCGGGGGGCGGGGGGGGAGGAGGGGGACUAGAGAGGCGCCAGGGGGGGGCUGUGGCGUGGGAAACGGGGGUGAUGGGGUCGUCGUCCUGCGACGAAGAGGAAGAGGACGAUGAAGAGGAGGAAGAAGAUGGGGAUGUGAAGGUUGUAAAUUCCCGCCAAAAUAUCAAAGGAAAAGCCUGAGCAAUCAGGAAGAGGACACGUCAGCAGACAUUUCCCGCCGAUAUAAGACUCGCGGAGGAUGACGUGGAGCAGGGAGAGGAGGAGAUGAACGAACAAGUCGAGAAGCAGGGGAAGGAGGGAGGGAGCGCACUACCUCUACACGUCAGUCGGCACGUCUCCGGAGGUGGAGGACGGAUGAGCGUGACCUGGAAGCAGGGAGGAGCCCCAAGGAACCAAAAACGACUUGAGCAGCAGUGGAGGAGGAAGGAAAAAUACGGGACGUCAACAGAUAUCGCGAAAGAAGACGGGAGGAUGACGUGGAGCACUAGGAAGAGGAGGAGGACACGUCAGCAGAUAUCUCGACAGAAGAUCCGCCGAAGAUGACAUGGGGCAAGGAGAACGACGACGGACGAUGACGUGAAGGUAUGGAGGCGGCGACGCAACGUCGAGAGCAGUAGGAGGAAAACACGUUAGCAGGUAGAAGAUGUGGAGUUUUGGAAGAGGAGGAGGAGGAAAACACGUUUUAGCAGAUAUAUAUAUCUCUAGAGAGGAGAUGGAAGAUGACGUGGGGCAGGGAAGGGGGAAGCUGGACGGCAGAAAUGCACGCCUGGUUUGGAGUGAAGAGAGAGAGGGAGCAACAACAUUUUGUGUGUUGUUAGACUUUUGAACAGAAAAAAUAAAAUUCUUGAAAACCUCUCUAGAGUAUCAUCGAUAUAUAAGAGGUGAUGAACAGGUGGGGGCUUUCCUUCCUUCUUUUCCUUUGCUUGUUUUUGCUUUUUUCCGUGUUCGCGCUCUGAUUCACAGUGUGACAACAUAUAUAGAUAUAUAUAUCGUUAAUGAGAGAAGAUGUAAUUGUUAAGAUCAAUCAAAGUCGUUCCCACUUUUGUCGUUCUAGUUCUGUGUCAUCGUCAUGAAAAUCGUUAUCGUGAUGAAGAUGGACUCAUCAUGUGAUCGAUCUGCAUCCAUUCAUCCAUCCAUUCAUCCAUUCAUCCAUCCAUCCAUCUAUCCAUCAGUCAAUCAUUCAUCCAUCCAUCCAUCCAUUCAUCCAUUCAUCCAUUCAUCCAUCCAUCCAUCCAUCCAUCAAUCAAUCAAUCAUUAUGGUCGAGAGAAACAAUCAUGAGAUGGAAAGGUCAUCAUACGUAAGACUUAUGCUCGAAUAAGUUUUUCUUUACUGUCGUAUCCAAAUUCGCCCAGAAUGUCUUUUCAUUGAUGGAGACGGCUAUAUAUUCCUCCCAAUGUAUGUUUAUCAGCAAUCUGCGCAAAUGGUUGAUGUCGCCAUCUUCUAUAUGAUCAGUUCAAUUUGCGGACGGAUAAAUUUCAAUCCUAAUC